AUGCUUCGCUCUGUUAGGUCCACGCCUGUGUUUUUACGCACUCUCCAGCGCUCCAGAGCGUACUCCGUCCAGGUGAACCUGUCAUCCAAGGAAACCAUCAAAUACGAGCAAGAAUACUCGGCACACAACUACCACCCGCUUCCCGUAGUGUUCGACAGGGCCCAGGGCGCGCGUGUGUGGGAUCCUGAGGGAAAACAAUAUCUAGACUUUUUGUCUGCGUACUCAGCAGUCAACCAGGGCCACUGCCACCCCAAGAUCGUGGGGGCUCUCGUGGACCAGGCUUCGAAAUUGACGCUAUCGUCGCGGGCGUUUUCCAACCCAGUCUUCUCAGCUUACGCUAAGUAUGUGACGGAAUAUUUCGGCUACGAGUCCGUUUUGCCCAUGAACACCGGUGUCGAGGCUGUCGAGACCGCGAUCAAGCUUGCCAGAAGAUGGGGAUACACCGUCAAGGGCAUUCCCGAAAACCAGGCCAUUGUUCUAGGAGCAGAGGGCAACUUCCACGGGCGCUCGCUUGGUGCUGUGUCAUUGUCGACCGACGAGGAAGACUCCCGCAAGCAUUUCGGACCCUUCGUGGAGAACGUCACUGCAAAGAUUCCAGGAACCUCCAACCAGAGUCUGCGGUACGGCUGUGUCGAGGACGUCGAGUUGGCCUUUGCCAACGCUGGCGACCGCAUUGCCGCGAUUCUGUUGGAACCCAUUCAAGGUGAGGCCGGUAUCGUGGUCCCACCAAAAGACUACUUAACUAAAGUGCAAGAAUUGUGUCGCAAGCACAAUGUGCUGUUGAUCUGCGACGAGAUCCAAACUGGUAUCGCCAGAACCGGUAAAAUGCUAUGCUACGAGCACAGUCCUAACGUCAAGCCCGACGUUGUUCUACUAGGGAAAGCCAUCUCCGGCGGUGUAUUGCCAGUAUCGUGUGUGCUUUCUUCCAAAAAGAUCAUGCACUGCUUUGCCCCAGGGUCUCACGGUUCCACGUACGGUGGUAACCCAUUGGCUUCGCGCGUUGCCAUUGCCGCUCUGGAAGUGGUUAAGAAUGAGAAUUUGGUACAAAAGGCUCAAGAGAAUGGUGAGUUCUUGCAAUCCGAAUUGAAAAAGUUGCAAAAGGCUUCCAACGGUAUUAUCUCCGAGGUCCGCGGUAGAGGUUUGUUGACUGCUAUUGUAAUUGACCCUUCCAAGGCUAACGGUAGAAGUGCAUGGGAUCUAUGUUUGUUGAUGAAAGACAACGGUGUGCUAGCAAAGCCUACUCACGAUCACAUCAUCAGAUUGGCCCCACCUCUUGUCAUUUCAAGAGAGGAUCUCAGCAAGGGAGUUGAUGCCAUUAGAAUGGCUUUGGAACAGCUUCCAACCGUCGAAAAGACUGCUCACUAA